GUUACCAGUCGGUAGAUUAUCCUAAGAUGCAAAAGACGAUGAUAAUGUGAAUUAUUUUAGAACUAGAUUCGGAUUCUACUACCGGGUUUGUUUUGAGAAAUUGUUGGACAGUGAAGUGUAGUGUGUGAAAAUGUCUAACAUUGAUGAAUCAUUGCGUGCACUUGAGGGUCUAAUGAAUGAGUUUUUUGCACCAAGCACUAGUAAUGACAGAAAAAAAGAAAUAGAAUCAAUUUUGACCAACUUCACACAGAUGUCAAAUUCAUGGGAAAUGUGCCUGUAUUUUUUGAGCAAUACUCAAAAUGAAUAUGUAAUGAUGUUUUGCUUAAAUGUGCAAGAGACACUUAUUAGUCAUAAAUGGACAAACCUAGCUGCAAAUAAUAAAAUAGAAAUAAGGACUCAUCUUACACAGUCACUCCUGAACCAGCAUACCACUGUGCCCCCCUAUAUACGUAACAAACUGGCCAAACUUAUUGUUGACAUAGGGCGUAAUGAUUGGCCUCAUUUUUAUCCAGACUUUUUUUCCAACAUUCUUCAGCUAGCACAGCAACCCGAUACAGCACUGCUGGGUAUAAUUCUACUGCAGACUGCAUCUGAAGAACUGGCUUCUCCAAGAGAUGACUUAAGCAUGGCAAGAAAAGAAGAACUUCAUCGCCUACUCCUUCAGCAAGUUCCAUCUAUUCUUAGUAUUUUAAACAAUAUUUUUGAGAAUAUGCUUGAAAAACACCGGCAUCUUGUAGCAGCGACACCUCCUCCCUCACCAACAUCUGGUGAAAAUAGAUCAUCGCGCCAGUCUAGCAGUCAGUUGUUUUCAACAUCUCCUAUUGCAAAUGCUAACUUUGUUUCACUGUUGUUGGGCAGUCCAAGUCGAGGUCCACAAAUGGAAGCUCUUCCCCCUCUUGAUCCUGCAUCGCAGCAGUUAUGCUGGGCAGGCCUCACCUGCUUAGCACAUUUUUUGUGCUGGGUGCCUUUAUCAACAGUUGUUCGACCCCAACUUCUCUCCACAAUAUUUCACUUUGCAGCAUUUGGUUGCCAGAAAAGACCAGAUUAUAAUGACUCAAGCCCCACUUCAAGGAGCAGUGCAUUUAGUAGCAGUACACAUAAGCUAGGUGUCUUAGCAAUGAAUUGUAUCAAUGAAAUUCUAAGCAAAAACUGUGUACCCCAAGAAUUUGAAGACUUCUUGCUGCAGAUGUUUCAACAAACAUUUCAUCUGCUUCAGAAAAUAACAAAAGAAAGCAAUACAAACUCAUCUGGCAAUAGACUAGAAGAAUUGGAUGAAGUAUAUGUUGACAAGUUUACAGACUUUUUAGGACUUUUUGUUAGUGUUCACCUGAGAAGAUUUGAAUCAAAUCCUCAGUUUCCAGUUUUGGAAUUUUUGUCUUUGUUGUUUAAAUACACAUUCAGACAGCCUACUACCGAAGGAUAUUACAGUUGCUUAGACAUAUGGAUUACAUUUUUAGAUUAUUUAAACAACAAACUUGAGUCACGUUCAAUGACAAAAGAAGAUAUUUAUUUGAGGUACAAAGAAGCCUUAACUACAUUACUUUCUAGUAUCUUACAGAAAUUUCAAUUCAGAUUCAAUCAGUCUCAGUUAGAGGAACUAGAUGACGACACAUUAGAUGAUGAUGAAGAAACUGAUUGGCAACAUUUUCUUCGACAAAAUUUAGAAGUUGUUGCUAAGGUUGCUGAAUUCAUGACCCCUGAGGUUUUCCAACUUGUGUGGGAUCCCUUCCAAGAUCAUGUUGAGACUUAUCUGGGUAUAGAAAAGUUUGUUGACAGUCCUGGAUUUGAGAGGAGAUUACGUGUUUCUGCUGAAAAUGACUGUAGGCGGCUUCAUUGUGCUCUGAGAGAUCUCUCAUCCCUGCUGCAAGCAUUGGGAAGAUUAGCUGUGCAUUUUACAGGCGAACACUUCGUUUCCAGAUUUAGUAAUGCCAUGCAGAUCAUUUCAAGGCUGGUACAUAUUACCUCUUAUGGAAGUAGAAUCAAGUUUUUUGAAGUAACCACGUCUGCUGGAGUAUUACAACAGGAUUUCAUAGAAGUACAUGCCCAGUCACUUGCGGCCAUCAAGGCUUAUACACACUGGAUGUCACAGUUUUACCUGGAGAGUUUACGAACUGAUCAACAAAAAGAUGAAUUUCACGCAAUUAUUGUUACUAUACUAGAUGCCAUAGCUCCACUAAUAAAUAAACAGGUACCUGAUAAGGUAAUCCAGUCAGCAGCUCAUCUGCUUCUGUCAAUUACAAACACAGUUCGUCCAGCUUUUCUACUGCAAGUUCCAUCUGUUGUUUCUUUGUAUACCCUAGCUAGUCAGGGCGAAUUUCAAAGUUUAGCUCAAGAUGUGCAGUUACUUUUGUAUCGUUCUCUUUCCCAUUAUCUCCUGUUACCAUGGCCAAAUGUGGGAAAAGAUGAACAAGAUUGGGACAAAAGGGCGGCGCACCACAAGAUGCUUGUGGCCCAGUUAACAUCACAAUUUGUUCGCUUAGGCAAUCUUCCUGAGUUAUCUUCAGCAACAGUAGCCCAUGAACAAGCUAAAGAAGUGAUCAAGAAGACUUUGAUUAUCUGCCAAGACUGGGUGGAAACUCUAGCAGGUGAAAUCGUCAAGUCCAAACAGAUAUGUUGUCAGUCCCUAGAGGAAGUGACGCAGACAACUCUAACAAUAUUCCCAAUGUACGUCCAUGAUGUGGAUGUAGUUGAUAAUAUCAUGACCUACUUUCUGGCCAUGUUUCAGGGCUUACGAGUGCAGAUGGGUGUAGCAUUUACAGAAAAAAUUAUUCACACUUUUAUGAAUGUAUUUUCAAGAGAGCUGUUGGUUCACACAAUUCAUCAAGAAACUAGUGGUGCCUUCAGAGUUAUUGAGAAUUUCUUAAAAAUUCUUGAACUGAUAGUUCAAGAACCUGGAGGACAAUUUAAAGUUUUUCUUCCACAAAUUAUUUCAAUAGCCAUGGACCAGAUUUACCCUAUAGUAGCACCACGCCCAAGUCCUGAUAUGAAAUUUGCACUGUAUCAUUUGCUGCAUGAAAUCCUCUCACAUAACUGGAGAUAUUUCUUCAGAUGUUCAGUUUUAGAUGUAAUUAAGGAAUCAGGAGAUGGACUAGAAAAUAGUGAACAGUUUACAUCUAUAUUGCAGGCAUAUGGACAGUCCUUUCUUCAAACAGACAUAAGCAUUUUUAGACAAAACCUGGAAUCUCUUGAAAACUUGCAUUUUAAAUGGAAAUUGUAUAAUAAACAAAUAUUUAGUGAAGUCAUGAGCCACCAGUUUCUCAAGGUUUUGCUGCAAGUAUUAAUUAACAAAUCUCACGACCUACUACAAGAGGAAAUAGUCAUAUCUGUUUACAACAUGGCAGCUGUAGACUUUGAUGCAUUUUUUGGGAAGUUUUUGCCAGAAUUUUUGGCAUCUGUUGAUGGCAUUGAUAAUAGUCAAAAGUCAGUGCUAGCAAAAAACUUCAAAAUUGACAGAGAUCUCCCUUCAUUUACACAAACAGUGGAAAGAUUUGUUAAUGAUAUUCGCUACUACUCGCUGAUCAACAGUAGUUUACCCGCAGGUUCUGUUUCACUUGUUUGAUAUUCCUUUUGACAAGUUCAUUAUUUAUGGCCAUCGGCACUUUGCACCUAUUUAUGCUCCCAACUGCUAGAACUGGGGAUAUCUGGUACCAUAAAAGUAUAUGAUUAUGAUGUAAGGAAUUGCUUCACAGGAACCAGUUUUAAAACAAUUGUUUAAAGCUCCAUUGAUUUAUGAUAAAAAGGUUUUUGUAAAGAGAUCAGUUAUAACAGCUUAGGUUAAUUGCAUCUUUUAACAUCACUUGAGUUUUAGAGACAUUAGUUUUAUAUUGCAAAUCGUGGAUUCCCAAGAAAAAAAGCAAAUAAAUGGCAUUCAACUUUAAUAGUAGUGUGUUUCAUU